UGUCUCAUUCUGUCUCUCUCUCCCUCAGUAACAACCCGUCUGUGAUCGUCCAUUCUGGGGGUAAUCACCCGUUGCCAGUUGAGUCUCCGGACUCGAUGAAGAAGAGACGAAUCCACCGUUGUGAUUUCAACAGCUGCAACAAAGUCUACACCAAGAGCUCUCAUCUGAAGGCACAUCGCCGCACACACACAGGAGAGAAGCCCUAUAAGUGCAUGUGGGAGGGGUGCACGUGGAAGUUCGCCCGUUCGGACGAACUGACUCGUCACUUCCGUAAACACACGGGCGUCAAACCGUUCCAGUGUCCCGACUGUGAACGCAGCUUCUCCCGCUCCGACCACCUGGCUCUGCAUAAGAAACGGCACCUGCUGGUCUGAACGGCAACGCAACGGCUGUUCGCCACACAUCGCGGACGCAGCCCGUUGGACAGUUGGUCCAUACCGACCCCAAGACAGGACCGUUGGACAGAGAGAGACCCGGGACUUAAACAUCCUCUAUCACUUUAUUCAGUCAGCCAAUCAGCCGCCCUCGUCCUCUUCCUCUCCACUCCUCCACCUCUUCUUAGUGCCAGUGCUCGCCGUUGUCUCCCAGUGCUCGCCGUUGUCUCCCAGUGCUCGCCGUUGUCUCCCAGUGCUCGCCGUUGUCUCCCAGUGCUCGCCGUUGUCUCCCAGUGCUCGCCGUUGUCUCCCAGUGCUCACCGUUGUCUCCCAGUGCUCGCCGUUGUCUCCCAGUGCUGAAGGCGGAUGGUGUUCGUAGGCCCAGAUCUAGGAUCAGCUAAACUUCCAGACGUCUUGACCUUAACCAUAGAGAUAGACAGGCAUUUUGACCUUAACCAUAGAGAUAGACAGACGUUUUGACCUUAACCAUAGAGAGAGACAGACAUCUUGACCUUAACCAUAGAGAGAGAACGAGGACUCCAUUUUGUACGGGAGUGGGCAGCAUCAAUGAUCUCCAUU